AUGUCAACAUCCCAACAAGAUCCUUCCCAUGAACCCGAAUGGUUGCUAGUAGUAAGAAUACACAAAGAUGGCCGAUGUGAAAGACUCGUCGGAACGGACACCACCCCUGCCGGAACCGAUCCCAUCACAGGCGUCCGGUCAAAAGACGUUAUCAUCUCACUCAAAUCCAACAUUUUUGUAAGAAUUUACAUCCCCAAGACCACACCCACAAAUCACAAACUCCCAACUCUCAUUUACUAUCACGGCGGCGGAUUUUUAACAGAAUCCGCCGCCUCUCCCACCUACCACCCGACACUUAACCUAAUCACAGCCGAAUCCAACGUUGUUGUCGUGUCAGUAAACUACAGGCUGGCGCCGGAAUAUCCUAUACCAAUCCCGUACGAGGAUUCAUGGGAAGCAAUCAAGUGGGUGGCUACUCAUGCAAAAGAACAUGGUCCCGAGUCAUGGUUAAAUGACCAUGCAGACCUUUGUAACGUGUUCUUUAUUGGAGACAGUUCAGGGGCCAACAUAGCCCACAACAUGGCUAUCCGGUUCGGGUUGAGCCCGAUUAAGGGUAUUAACCUCAAUGGGAUUAUUCUACUCCACCCAUUUUUCGCAGGAAAAACGCUAACUGAACAUGUGCCUAAGGAGUUGAUAGAGUUGUUGGAGCGGUUGUGGAAGUUGGCAAAUAGGCCUGGAGUCGGGCUAGAUGACCCGUUGAUUAAUCCAGGGAUGGACCCGCGGGUUUCGGGUUUGGGGUGUUCUAGGAUACUUGUUUGUGUUGGUGAGAAGGAUAGGUUUAGGGCUAGGGGUCUUAAUUACAAGAAGGUGAUGGAGAAGAGUGGAUGGAAAGGGAAAGUGGAUGUGAUGGAGAGCCAAGGGGAGGGGCAUGUGUUCUUUUUGUAUGAUACUUCAAGUGAGAAUGCUUGUGCGUUACGCAAUAGGAUUUGUACGUUUAUCAACCCAAUUCGUAGCAAAGUUUGAACAUGUAUGUCGAGUACUCGAGUCACAUUUGGUAUGUUCAUAGGCGUUGCGCGGUUGCAUCUAUUGUGCAACUUAAUAAAAGAAUGUAUCUUGUUAACAAUGCAACUUAAUAAAAGAAUGUAUUUUGUUAACAAUUUU